UAAUCGCUGUGAAUUUUUGUGCAUAAAAAUAGUGAAAAUCGCGGAACCACGGCUAGAAUGAGCACCGCCGAGGAAGAACCGGACACCAAGAAGGACUACAUCAAUAAAAUCGUCCUAUCGGAGGAGGUGCAGCAGGCGAUCGAACAGGUUUUGCAGAGCUCCGAUCCCCUGGACCAUCCCGACUUUGAUCCCACGGAUUACGUGAACCAGCUGUUUCCGAACGAGCAGUCGCUGUCCAAUAUUGACGAUGUUAUUGCAAAAAUGGAAUACGACAUCAGCCUGAUUGACGACAAUAUAAGAAGUGUGGUGCGAGGACAGGUGAACACCGGGGAGAAUGGGAGGGCUGCGUUGAAGGAAGCGCAGCAAUCGAUUACCCAGCUGUUUGCUCUGAUCACGGACAUUAAGUCGAGGGCGGAGAAGACCGAGGAUAUGGUUAAGGAGAUUACUAGGGACAUCAAGCAACUGGAUUCGGCGAAGAAUAAUUUGACGUACGCAAUAACGACACUGAACCAUCUGCAUAUGCUGGUGGGUGGUGUGGAGAAUUUGAAACGAUUGGCGGAACGACGCCAGUAUGGCGAGGUAUUGAAUCCACUUCAGGCCAUUAUCGAAGUGAAUCAGCACUUUCAGCAGUACUCGGAGAUUCCGCAGAUCCAGACACUGUCGUCGCAGGUACAGCAAAUCCAAACCGAACUGGCCACGCAGAUUACGGAGGAUUUUAAGAACUUCUUUGCUCCCGCCCCGGGUGGUCAGCACGCUGGGAAUCGAAUGACCAUGACGCAGCUCAAGGAUGCCUGUCAGGUGGCUUCCGUGUUGGAUAAGCCCGUGAAGAAGAAUAUAUUGAAGUGGUACAUUAAUUUACAGCUGCAGGAGUACGUUCAGUUGUUUCACGAAAACCAGGACAUUGCCUGGUUGGAUAAGAUUGACAAGCGUUACGCGUGGCUGAAGCGUCAUUUGUUGGAUUUCGAAGAGAAGUAUGGAAGCAUUUUCCCGCUCGAUUGGGAGAUCUCCGAGCGAAUUACGGUACAAUUCUGUACGAUCACUCGGGAGGAACUGACCAAAAUUAUGGGCCGCCGGAGGACUGAAAUUGACGUUAAGUUGUUGCUGUUUGCCAUUCAAAAGACUACCGCCUUCGAGCAGCUGCUAGAUAAGCGAUUCAAUGGAACGACCCUGGGAGAGACAAAACCGGUGGAAGUUGCGGCCAACGAGAAGCCAUCGUUCAUGGAUUUGAUCGGGGUGUGCUUUAAGCCUUAUUUGGACAUCUACACGGACAGUAUCGAUCGGAGUUUGGCGGAGCUGAUCGAUCAGUUUUCUCAGCAAAACCAACAGCAGUUGCUGCCCAAGGAUGGGAAUGCUUCCGUGUUUCCGAAUUGCGCCGAGUUGUUUGUAUUCUACAAGAAAUGCAUGGUCCAAUGCACUCAGCUGAGCAACGAAAAGCCCAUGUACGAUUUGACGCUCAUUUUCAAAAGGUACUUACGGGAAUAUUCCAGCAAAAUUCUGGAAGCGAGAAUACCAAAAUUGCAGCAGAGCAGCUCGGCGACUUCGAUCAGCAAUAGCAUGUCCCUGUUGACAAAAGAUCUGCAGAAUCUCUCCACGGCAGCCGGGCAGGUUAUUCACAACUUCCUGAAGGAAGGCGAGGCACCCAGGUUUAGUAUGGACGAUACCCGGAAGAUUUGCUACGUUCUGGCGACGGCCGAAUAUUGUCUGGAAACCGUUCAACAGCUUGAAGACAAGCUCAAAGAGAAGAUUGAAAAGAGCUACGUUAGUCGGGUGGAUCUCUCCGACGAAAAAGACGUCUUCCAUCGAAUCAUCUCCAACUGCAUCCAACUGUUGGUUCAGGAUUUGGACACCGGUUGCGAGCAGUCCUUGAAUAUGAUGACAAAAAUUUCCUGGCACAACAUUAGCAACGUUGGCGAUCAGAGCGGAUUCGUCAACCAGAUUGUAACCAACCUAAAGCUGUCGGUUCCAGUGAUACGGGACAAUCUGGCCUCCAGUCGAAAGUACUACACGCAAUUCUGUCUCAAGUUCGUCAAUUCGUUCAUUCCGAAGUACAUCAACACGUUGUACAGACUGCGUCCGACGACCGCCGGUUCAGGAUCUUCCUCCUCGAUGGUGAAUAGUGCUUCCGGUUCGAGCUUAUCUGAAGGAGCAAACAAUCCCUCCAGUAAUCCGGGUGGUAACAUCCUCGGCUGCGAGCAGCUUCUCCUGGACACACACAGCUUGAAAACGGUCCUCAUGGAUCUACCUUCGAUCGGAUCCCAAGUGCAGCGGAAACCACCGGCCAGUUAUACCAAAGUGGUAGUCAAGGGCAUGGCCAAAGCGGAAAUGAUCAUCAAGGUAGUGAUGCAACCGAUCUAUCCGUCCACGCUCUACAUCGAACAAUAUCUGAAACUCCUACCGGAGAGCAACGUGGUCGAGUUCCACAAGAUUUUGGAGAUGAAGAGUGUCAAGAAGAUCGAACAGCAACAGUUGGUGGAGCUUUACAAGCGAUCGUGUCCGCAGCAGUCGGCGGGACCAGGCGAUGGGAACUCGGCGAAGGCGUCAAGCGGAGGAGGAGGCGAUGCCCCGAUAAGUCAAUCGCAACAGGCAGCGGCAAUGGCAGCGACGGCCAUUAGUGGCGCAGGGUCCAGUAUUAUCGCCUUGGGAGAUUCCCUGAUGGACAAAGGUAGGAUAAAGAAGAUAGAGAAUUUGAUCAAGAAUCGGUUGCCUAACUAAGUUACUGAAGCGUGUAACGUCACAUCGUUGAAUAAAGUU